AUGAGCUUUUUUCCCAUUCGCCAUGAGGACCCUGAGACUCAUGAGUCGCGUUGGAUCUUCUCGGUGGCUGGGAAGGAAGCAUCUCAGAGCUUCCUAUUGGUUGGCACCGUGAAGGAACCCAAAGUGGGCUUUGAUGUUCCUUGCAUCAAGUUCAAGCGCUUGUUGGUGGGUGGCAAGACCACUGAGAAGGUUCAUAUCAUCAACAAGGAGAAUCUGCCGUUGAACUUCGCCUUUGACCGCGCCAUGGGUGCGGUGCGCGUCUCGCCAAAGCAGGGCGUCAUUGGCCCAGGCGAAUCGCUGGCAGUGGAUGUGCGGUUCCAGCCCACGGAGGAAAAGUUCUACAAUGUGAACGUGGUGUGCAACAUCAAGCGGAAACAGAAGCCUCUCUUGCUGAACAUCAAGGGAGAAGGCUACCAAAUCCAUACACAGUUGGUAGUGGAAGAAGCAGAUUCAGAAGGUCGUGAACUACGAAACAACAUGAAGGAGCUCUUGGACUUUGGAGAUGUUCAGGUGGAAGAAAAGAAGAGUUUCACCCUGAAACUCAGCAGUCCCAGCAAGAUCCCCCGCUUUGAUGAUGAGCAACUGCCAGCACGCUAUUACUUCCUAUGGCAGCUGCGCAACUCCUUUGGUCGCGUCAUCACACUCCACUCAGAGAAGCCGCCCUAUUUGAGCAUCACGCCGGAGCAGGGGGUGAUCACGCAAGACAGCGAAACGACCAUCAUCAUUGAGUACUCCCCAAUGGAUCUUCACAAGCUGGAUGGUGCUACACUGCAGAUGCGCAUUCCAUCAGGCCCAGAGGAUACAGGUUACAACCUGACCUUGGGCGGAAGGUCAUUCAGGCCGCCAGCGGAUCCGACCCUCACAGAACCUAAGGGGGAUACAGAGGAAGGCGCGGCAAAGGAUGGAAACUUUCCGUAUGAAGAAGUGGCAGGGAAGAAGCCAUCAGGCAAGGUGGUGGGCCCCGCCCCCGGCGCCGACCGGGUCCCCCAGCCCUACGCGGGCUACGCACCGGGCGCGCCGGCGCCCUACGCCUUCGGCGCCACCAGCGGCCCCGCGUUGCCGCAGCCCACGGUGCAGCGGCCCCAACUGGAGGUGCUGCAGCUUUCUUGUAGGGACCAGGCGUUGCCACCGGAGAUCCGGUUGAAUUUCAUCAAAAAGGUCUAUGGCAUUUUGGGAGCCAUGAUGUUGAUCACUUUUGGCAUCAGUACUCCCUUUAUCUUUGAGACCCAUGCCACCUUGAGUUUCUUCAGCCGGAAUGUGUGGAUCCUGUACAUUGCUGCUGGCAUCGUCAUUGCCCAAGUCAUUUUCGAUCUCGCCAUGUCCUGUCAGAUGUGUUGUGGAGGGACCGGCCUCUUGGAGAGUUAUUUGUGGAUGAUGAGAACACCACCCUGGAACUACCUUUAUCUCAUGACCUUCUCCGCCUGCUUUGGCAUUUUUGUGGGCUUCCUUUGUGCUCAGUACACCGUGAAGUCUGUACUGCUUGUUUUUGCACUGACUUUUGUCCUCAUCGUGGCGCUGACCAUUUAUGCAGUGAGGACGAAGGCGGAUUUCACCGGCUGCGGGGCCUAUAUCUUGGUUCUCUUCUUGGGUCUCAUCAUGCUGAUCAUGGUCUAUUCCUUCGUCCGUGGUCCAGUCAUGAGCAAAGUGGUGGCAGGGGCUGGUGCCAUGCUCUUCGGUUUCUUGAUCGUCUAUGACACGCAGCAGAUCUUUGGUUCGGCAUCAGCAUCUUUUGGUGGAGGGAAACGGGACUUGGAGUACACCGUCGACAUGUAUGCCCUGGCGGCUUGGAAUUUGUACCUGGACUUCCUCAACUUCUUCAUCUACCUGCUUCAGCUCUUCGGUGAAAGGUUCCACCACUUCACAGCUAACCCAGCCACCUUCACAGCCACGGUGGAGGCAGCCCCAGGUCAAAAAGCGGUCACCCUCGAUUUCGUCCCUGAAGCCAAGGACUGUUUCCUCGAGGUGAAAGCCGAAGCAGCUGGCCCCGAUGGUGUGGAGGUUUGUAUCAAUGUCCGUUUCCAACCUUCUGCGCUGGGAGAGAUCCGGGCCCUUUUGGUCAUGAAGUCAGACAUUGGCGAGCACAAGGCCCUGUUGGUUGGCUACGCACAGCCACCACAACCACAAGGACCAGUGGACAUUGCCAAGGGCAAGCCCACCAAUGUGGACUUCCAGAACCCCUUCAUGGAACCCGUGGAGUUCUCCCUGCAGGUGGACGAUCCUUGCUUCCAACUGACUCAGCGAGCCAUCAAAUUGGAUGGGAAGAAGACAGCACCCAUUCCGGUCUCCUUUGCGGGGGACCGCGUUCAACAAGGCCGUUUGUUGAUCAGUGCGCCCAACGUCUCGGUCCCCUGGGUGAUUUUCCUUCAGGGAAACGCCUGA